UGUAAAUGCUCACAACUGUUCACAAUUCACAAACAAUCUAUUUAUCACGAGAUUUAUUUUCUGAAUCAAUUGACGCAAACAUUUGAAUUUGGAACAUCCAGGAAAUAUUUCUUUAGUCUCAGUUGCAGAUGAUCAAUGUUGGAAGGAUGGUAUUGCCGCUCAAUUGCAAACAACAAUGCAGAUGCGGAGGAUGAAGAUGAAGACAGUCCCGAGGAAGAAGUGCCGAAUUAUAAAGAUCAGUACCGAAAUCUCAAGCGAAAAUUAAAAUUUCUCAUCUACGAGAACGAAUGUUUUCAAGAAGCACUUCGUUCGACACAGCGAAAGCUUUUAAAAGUCAAUAGAGAUAAGAGUUUUCUGCUCGAUAGACUACUUCAGUAUGAAAAAGUUGAUGCUUCCUUCAGUGAAAGCGACGAAACAGAGUCGUCGGAAGACGAAAUGGCGAGAAUCGAUACGCCAAAGAGGAAAAAAAUGGAAGUGAAUGUUAACAAUCAUUCUUCGCACCACUCGCCGGUGGCAAUGAAGCCGGUUAGUGCGAGCAAGAAAAAAAAGUCAACGCCAAAAGUACCUAAAGCUCAUGACACUCCGUCAGUUAAUUUUGAAGGCGCGAGGCAAGGCAGCUGUGUGCGUAAAGUACAAUCAUGUAACAAUGUGAUGCCUAUGUCGGUGAUGUCGGACGGACACAUGACUCCUGAAGAAGUAGAAAGACAUUUAGAGUCCCGACAAUCGUACCUGGAGCUCGUUCCUCAAAAAGCACCGCCGACAGUUCCCACGGAGAUGUUCAGUAACGAUCCUUCGUUAGACAGCGAGUCCAAUGAGGUUGGAGAGUUGGAAACUUCUCCUAGCAAUAUGGGUGAAGAUUGCCUAAGUGUCGACAUGAUGGCCGAGUGACAAAUUUUACGUAUAGUUUGCUUAAUCUAGGAACUCUUUGAACUUUACUAGUUUAAUUCUUAGUCCAAUAAUUUAACUUGUACCAUUUAAUCGAUAAUAUAAAUUUUUAUAUA